GUGGGUGGGGGGACUGAGAUGUACUAUUGUAGUUUCACUUUCAUGCAGUGAAGAAACGAAACUUAAUUAUUAUGUAAAUGUCGUUUUUGAUACUCCCGGUUCACCUGAAGGACUUAUAAAAGCUUCGGCAAACAGGAGUGGGUCAGAGUUUUCUGUAUCGGUGGCGAAAGGCACUUUAUUCCGUCUCCUCUCACAUCUAUUUGCCGGAUCUUUACCGCGAGGACAGCGAGGAUGAAGUAUCUCCUGGUGCUCGGGUCGCUGCUGCUCCUGAGCGUUUCGUACGGAGACGGCCUGCGAUGCUAUCACUGCGAUGCAAGUUUAACGCCGUGCGUGUCUGGCGCGCGGACCUGCGCUGGAGCCGACGAGCGGUGCUACAAGGGCGUGGCCCAGGCGGGGGGGCAAAAUGUCUACCUUGCCGGCUGCCUCGCACCUUUAGGCUGCAAGUUCAACAUAGAGCAAAAUUACCUGGGCUUCCCCGUCUCCUUGAAGACCUUCUGCUGCACGACCGACCUGUGUAACGCGGCCCGGCUGUCAGAAUGCCUCCGUUGACCGGCGCGGCCCUGGCCUUUGCCUGGUUGGCGUAUCUGCUGUAAAGCCGAGGCCUCCCCUACUCUCGCUGGAGCUCCACAGCGUCCACCCAUCGCACCGUGACUCUCUGGGCUCGUUGGACGAUGGGUGUUUCGGGUGGCGGGGGGGUGGGGGGGUAACGGGGGGGGGAGAAAUACUGUUUAAAUUUCAUGCCGCGAGGGGGAACGGGAUGCGAAUGUAUCACAGGUCAUUCUUUGCUUCGAACAAAUGAUGAAGGGAAACCUUCACGUACAGGUCAGUUGUCCCGCGGUUCGCGUCAACCGACCUGUGUGAUGGGGCUUCAGGUACCAGAACGCCUGUUGGUGGUUCCGGUCUUUGGCCGAAUUGGCUUCUC